AUGAUAGAAGGGGGCGUUCAUUUUGGAACCGGGCAAGAAGUUUUUCUGCUUUGGGGUAUACAACUUGAAUAUGAUGAUAGGAAAGUAUACGCUUUUGCCUUUAAUUGCUUUUCCUAUACCCUCGUGAUGACUCAACUCUCGAAUGAAAGAUGUAGUUUAAAAAAAAAGAACACUGUCCCACGCUUCUGCCCAUAUUAAAAAUGGCCGUCUCCGCUUUUCACAACGAUAGUUGCUCUGAGAACAAGAUCCAGGCGGAAACAGUGGGCGGAGGGGCCCUCCUGGCCAGUCACCAUGUGGGCCUUCCCGGAGUUGCCAAUGCCGCUGCUGGUGAAUUUGAUCGGUUCGCUGCUGGGAUUUGUGGCCACACUCAUCCUCAUCCCUGCCUUCCGUGGCCACUUCAUCGCCGCGCACCUCUGUGGCCAGGAUCUCAACAAAUCCGGCCGGCAGCAGAUCCCAGAGUCCCAGGGAGUUAUCAGCGGUGCUGUUUUCCUAAUCAUCCUCUUCUGCUUCAUCCCUUUCCCUUUCCUGAACUGCUUUGUGGAGGAGCAAUGUAAAGCCUUCCCCCACCAUGAAUUUGUGGCCCUGAUAGGUGCACUCCUUGCCAUCUGCUGCAUGAUUUUCCUGGGCUUCGCGGAUGAUGUACUGAAUCUACGCUGGCGCCAUAAACUGCUGCUGCCCACAGCUGCCUCACUACCACUCCUCAUGGUCUAUUUCACCAACUUUGGCAACACGACCAUUGUGGUACCCAAGCCCUUCCGUCCGAUUGUUGGCUUGCAUUUGGAUUUGGGGAUCCUGUACUAUGUCUACAUGGGGUUGCUGGCAGUGUUCUGUACCAACGCCAUCAAUAUCCUAGCAGGAAUUAAUGGCCUAGAGGCUGGCCAGUCACUAGUAAUUUCUGCUUCCAUCAUCAUCUUCAACCUGGUAGAGCUGGAAGGUGAUUGUCGGGAUGAUCAUGUCUUUUCCCUCUACUUCAUGAUACCCUUUUUUUUCACCACCUUGGGAUUGCUCUACCAUAACUGGUACCCAUCACGGGUGUUUGUGGGAGAUACCUUCUGUUACUUUGCUGGCAUGACCUUUGCCGUGGUGGGCAUCUUGGGACACUUCAGCAAGACCAUGCUACUCUUCUUCAUGCCCCAAGUCUUCAACUUCCUCUACUCACUGCCUCAACUCCUGCAUAUCAUUCCCUGUCCUCGCCACCGUGUGCCCAGACUCAAUACCAACACAGGCAAACUGGAGAUGAGCUAUUCCAAGUUCAAGACCAAGAGCCUGUCUUUCUUGGGCACCUUUAUUCUAAAGGUAGCAGGAAGCCUCCAGCUAGUGACAGUGCGCCAGAGUGAGAAUGACGAUGGUGCCUUCACCGAGUGUAACAACAUGACCCUCAUCAACUUGCUACUUAAAGUCUUUGGGCCCAUGCACGAGAGAAACCUCACACUGCUCCUGCUGCUGCUACAGAUCCUGGGAAGUGCUAUCACAUUCUCCAUUCGGUAUCAGCUUGUCCGACUCUUCUAUGAUGUCUGAGUCCCCGGAUCAUUUCCCUUUACUCCAGGGUUCCUGACUCAGGACGACCUCAUUCUAGACCAAGACUGCCUCUUGGCUCAGGCCUCUCCCACCUUUCAUUCUCCUCAGCAUUUCCCUUCCCCCGUGUUUAUUGACAUACUGGGCUUUUCUUGCCCUCUAAUGACUAUUGAUUGGACUUUGCCUACGGUUUUCUUCAACCUGCCACUCUCCCUAUUCAUUCCAUCUUUGUAGCCCCCUAAGGUGGGAUGCGGCAUCUGUUAUGCAGUUUUCCACAACUCUGACUUUCAAGGAAUAUGCUGGGUCUGGAAUAAUAUAACCCUGGCUGGUGAUAGGGACACAGGCUCAAAGAUGACUUGACAUUUCACUAUAAAUUAAGUAUUCUAAUUAGUAAAAGAAGACAGGGUUGGGGGGCACAGGUGCUCCCAGUAGUGACAAUAAAGUGUUGUCUUUUUCUUGUU